AUGGAUGUAAAAAAUUUAAGAAGUGAAUAUAUCCUAGAAGAGGAGAAUAACGUUUUUGAAGAUUAUAAAUCAUAUAUAAGUGAUAGUGUUGAGAAUAAAAGUAUAGAUUUUAAAAAUGAUUUAUCAUCAAGUUGUAGCAAAAAUAUUAACGAAGAAUAUGAUAAAGAAGAGGAGGAAGCAGAAGAAGGAUUAAAGGGGAAUGUUUAUGAAAAUAAGAAUGAAGAUAAAAAAGAAGAAAAACUAAAUGAUAGAACCAAUGAACAAUGUGAUAAUAUAAACGUAAACAAAAUAAAAACAACUAACUUAAUAAAUUUAAAAGUGGAAGAUAAUAAGUUAGAAGAAAGAAAUUAUAAUGAUGAUAAUAAUAAAAUAAAUAAAAAUACAACAACUAAUAAAAUGUUACAAGAUUUAGAAGAUAAAAAUUAUUCAAUAAAAGAAAAAAUGAAAGAAGAUCCUUGUUAUGUACCUAAAGAAUCUGGAUAUUUUUUACAUGAUAAUAGAUUUGAAAAUAAUGAAAAAAAGUUAUAUGAUAAAAAAGUAAAAAAUUAUAAAAAUCAGUAUACAGAAGAAAAAAGAUGGAAACAUGAUUUAUUUUAUGAUUAUAAGUAUGAUGAAUAUGUAAAAAGGGAUAAUAAAAACCAUAAUAAAACAUAUCAUAAUUAUAAUAAUAAUAAUAAUAAUAAUAAAUUUUAUGUAUCCAAAAAUAAAUAUGAUAACAAUAAAAAAAAUGAUUAUAAUUUUUCAUAUAAAAAUUAUAAAGAACGUUAUUAUUAUGAUAAAGGUAAUAGAAUAAAACAUAAUAAUUCUAUAACAUAUUAUAAACAUUAUAAUGAUAUAAGAACAAAAGUAGAAAUAAAAAGAGAAACAAAUAUUAAAAAUGAUAAUAAAAAUGAAAAAGUUAAUUUUUUAACACUGGAUAAUAAAACAAAUAAUAAUACACAAAAGAAGAAACAUUUAAAGGAAACCUUAUUAAAAAAAUAUGAUGAUCACAUGGAAAAAAUUACAGAAAAGGAGAAUCAAAAUAAAAGUACAUCCAGCAAAAAAGAAAAACAAAUAAUUUUAAAUGGGGACAUUGUUAUCGAAACAAAAAAGGAAGAAGAAUAUGAAAAUAUAAAAAAAGGAGAAGAGAAAUGUAUAAAAGAUAAUAUAAUACAUGAGCAGGAAGAAAAAAAUAUAAAUGAUGUAUCAAGUAAAAAUAUGGUAGCUAGUAUAAAUGAUGUAUCAAGUAAAAAUAUGGUAGCUAGUAUAAAUGAUGUACCAAGUAAAAAUAUGGUAGCUAGUAUAAAUGAUGUACCAAGUAAAAAUAUGGUAGCUAGUAUAAAUGAUGUACCAAGUAAAAAUAUGGUAGCUAGUAUAAAUGAUGUACGAAGUAAAAAUGUGGUAGCUAGUAUAAAAGAUGUACCAACCAAUGAAAAUCAUGAACAAAAAAAAAAUGAGGAAUCAAAUAAAAAUGGUACAAAUUAUAAAACAAAAAAAUUGUUAAACGAGAAAAAUAAAGAAGAAGAAAUAUAUAAAAAUCAUAACAGAGAAAAUCAUAAAAAUUUUGGGAACUCAUAUAAAUCUCAAAAUUACUACAAUAAUAAUUCCUUAAAUGAUAAAUAUACAUCAUAUAAAAUUGAUGGCACUAGAUAUGUAUAUUUAAAAGAUGAACCCAAUCAUUCUAAUAAAUUGUUAUAUAAUAAGAUCACUUUGAAAAAACAUUAUACAUAUGAAGAUAAUUAUAAUAACAAAAAAAAAUUGUAUGCAUAUCAUACUUUUAACGGAUCAGAACAAACGAGAAGGAAAGGCUAUUCAAUUAACAAAAAUAAGGAAAACUCAAAAAAUUUGGAUUAUAAAAGAAUGCAUACUAGAGAUAAUAACCUUACUAAUAAUUAUUCAAAUAAAAUUUAUAGUAGAUCAAAUAAACUUUAUGGAGCAACUGCGUCUAAGGACACAAAGAAAUAUAGGUCUUCAUCGAGAAAUUAUAGAAAUGAUAAGUAUAUCUUAAGAAAGGAAAGUUAUAAAAAGGAAUAUAAUAAUAUAUAUGAUGAAGAGGAUAAUAAAAGUGAUAAAUAUAGAAAUGAUCGUGAUGUAAGGGAUAGAAGAAAAGGUUUUAGAAAUGUAGAUCGAGAAAAGGCACAUAUAUACAAAAGUGAAGACAAAAAUGAACAUAUAAGGGAAGGCGGAAAUGAACAGAAGAGAGAAGAUAAAUAUGAUCGUAAGAGGGAAGAUAAAUAUGAUCGUAAGAGGGAAGAUAAUUAUGAUCGUAAGAGGGACGAUAAUUAUGAUCGUAAGAGGGACGAUAAACAUGAUCGCAAGAAGGAUGAUAAAUAUGAUCGUAAGAGAGACAAUAAUUAUGAUCGUAAGAGAGACAAUAAUUAUGAUCGUAAGAAGGACGAUAAAUAUGAUCGUAAGAGAGACGAUAAUUAUGAUCAUAAGAAGGAUGAUAAAUAUGAUUAUAAGAAGGACGAUAAAUAUGAACAUAAAGUAGAAGAUAUAAAUGAACAUAAAGUAGACGAUAUAAAUGAACAUAAAGGAAAUAAUACAAAUGAACAUAAAGGAAAUAAUACAAAUGAACAUAAAGGAAAUAAUACAAAUGAACAUAAAGGAAAUGGUACAAAUGAGCAUAAAGGAAAUAAUACAAAUGAUCAUAAAGGAAAUAAUACAAAUGAACAUAAAGGAAAUUAUACAAAUGAACAUAAAGGAAAUGAUACAAAUGAACAUAAAGGAAAUGAUACAAAAGAACUUCAAAAUGAGAGCAGAAAUCAUAAUAGAGAUGAACGAAGAAAAGAAAAUAUUGAUGAACAUAAAAACGAUAAUAAAAAUGGAUAUAAAAUAAAAAAUAACCAUUAUAACAAAAAGGAUAGUGAUAGUAAUAUGUUUAUGAAGAAAGGAAAUAUGUACAAUAUGCGGUAUAACCGAUAUACAGAAAACAGUUCAGAGAAAGAAAAGGUUGAAAAGAAUAAUAGAAAUGGAUUAGAUAAGUAUAAUAAUUCUAGAAACACAUCAAAGAAAUAUUUCAACAAAUCCAAAGAUAAUAAGUAUUACCAUAAUAAUAAAUAUGUAAACAAUAAUACAGAUAUACAUAAAAAUUAUAGAACAAAUAAAAACAGUAAGGAAAAUUAUUAUAAUGAAAAGGAUGAAAAUAAGAAUAAUAUAAUAGGAACACAUGAAAAAGAUAAUAAAGAUUUAAAUGAUAUAAAUGAUUCAAAUAUUCGUAAUAAUAUAAAUAAGAAAAAUGAAAAAAAUAAUAUUAAAAAUGGAAAAAUGAAUAAAGCAUUUUAUAAUAAUGAUGUUAAUAUAGAUAAUAUGGGAAAUAUUAACAAUAAGGAAAACAAUGACCUUAUGGAUAAAAAUAAAAAUGGUGAUAAUAAAAAUAUUAAUAAGGAUUCUAUGAAAGAGAAAAGUUAUAAUGAAAAAUUAUCAAAUGGUAUGCAUACAACUAUGAAUGGUGAUAUAAAUAAUAAAAAUAAUAGGAAUUACACUUUACAAAAUAAGAACAAUGCAACAGAUUUUAUUGAUACUAAAAAUGAUAACAAUAAUAAUAUGGUGGUGAUGAAAGACGAUGUAAAUAAUUCUUAUUCAAAACAGUAUUCAUUUAAAGGAUCAUAUACACAUAUGAAAAAAAAAAAUCCCAAAGAGGAUAUGUUUAAUGAUACAUUAAAUAAUAAUAUGUAUGAAUAUAAAAAUAAUAUGAAUUAUAAUAAAAUAUUUGAUUAUAAUAACAUAACAAAUAUGAACCAUCACAAUCAACAUCAACAUCAUCAUCUUCACCCACACCAACAUCAUCAUCAUCAACAACAACAACAACAACAACAACAACAACAAACACAUCAUCAUCCUCACACACAUACUCACACACAUACGCAUCAAAUGUAUCAUGAUAAUAGAAAGAAUACUUCCAUAAAUAAUGACAAAAAUAAUUAUACCAAUGAGAAAGUUUGUUGUAAUUAUUUAAAUAAUAAUGUCUAUAAUAAUUAUUGUUAUGAUAAUAAUUUUAUGGAUAAUAAUAAUUACUAUUUUGAUGAUAAUAUGUACCAAAGAAAUAAUAAUAAUUACAUAAAUGAAAAUCAUGCUUUUUAUAACGAUAAUCGAUACAUUAAUCAUAUGAAUGAUCAUUUCAUUAAUGCUAAUUAUAUGAACAAUAAUUACAUAAAUGAAAGAAAUUAUUUAAAUGUUCCUCCUCAUAAUUAUAUGAAUGAACCAAAUUAUAUGAACGACCAUAAUUUUGUAAACGAUCACACAUAUCAAGCUGAUGGUAAUUUUAUAGCCAAUAAUUAUAUAAAUGAAAAUACUGCAUAUAUUAAUGAAAAUUAUAUACACGACGCAACAUAUAUUAGUAAUAAUUAUAUGAAUGGUACAAAUAAUUAUUUCUAUGAAAAUAUGUAUCCAGCAUAUGAGAAUGAAAAUUAUUAUUAUGCCGAUAAUAAAUUUAGUAAACAAUAA